GUGCACGCUGCCGAGCUUACAGAGCUCGGCCCCCGGAGCUCCUGCAGCCUGCGAGAGCCGCGGGUGCCCGCAGGAGCUGCUCACUGAGUUAAAGCUGCCAGCUUCGGAGCUGGGCAUUGAAACAGGGGCUCCUUGCUUCGGAGUUGGGCAUUGAAACGGGGGCUCCUUGCUUCGGAGCUGGGCAUUGAAACAGGGGCUCCUUGCUUUGGAGUUGGGCACAAAGCGCAGCGGUCCCAUCGGGACGCGGGCAGAGGGAACGCUGAUUGCAGCGCAGCAGCAGCAAGUACAGACCCUGAACAAGGUGCAGCUUAUUGCGACUCUAGUAAUCGCAGUUUCUCACAGGGUUGAAUUCCAAAGCAGAAUUAGGAACUUCCAGAAGCGGUGGUGGUGGGAAAAUGAACGUGAGAGCAGUGCAGAGAACUGUGUUCUUGGUGGUUAGUCACUAUGAGCCAUCUGUGCUGUUGUAGUCUCUUGAGCUCCUGUCCGCACUUGCACGCUCCCGUGGCUGGUGAUGUUUGUCUCAUUCUGGAGUGCCCCCCGAUCUGUUUCUUUCAGACAUCUUUCUCUCUUUGUGCUUCAUCUGUGCUAUCCGCAGCCUUUCAUCCACAGGUGGAUGCGUAAUAAUCUCAGAGCACAGGUGAUGCUGGUGUCAUUGACUGUGCUUGGCAAAUACUAAAACUGUUUGCCUCAAUUCAUGUAAUUUGUGAGACCCAAGAGCACUUCCCUUUAUGUGCCUAUGUGUGUGCAACAGCAGUGUCUCCACACAACUUCAGACAGAGACACUGUUCUCCCUGUUGCAAUGAGAAUGGAAGCUGGCCACAACAGAAGACAACUGUGCUGCAGCCUGGCAAGGGCCUUAAGUUGUAUGAUCUGAGCUCCAAGCAUUAGUAGAGGAAGCACACCAUUCAGCCUGGAAUAAAAUAAUUCAUGUACGAAACUCAAGGAGAAGUCAGAAUGAAGAACAAAGAAGAGUAUUCUCAAGUUUUCAUGGAGUGUUCAUUAACGUAGGGGCUGAGGCUAUUCAACAAAGAUGAGGAGACACUCCAGCUUCGUUUUUUUGUUCUGUGGGAUAUUUUUGCCCGGAACCCUUGGUUUUCCACAGACAAAUACCUCAAUUGAUUGUGAUUCUCUGUUACCAAACUAUGAAGCUGUCCCACAGACAUCUGCACCGCCUUAUAUUAUUGCUGUAUCUUUUGAUAACUUUGAGCCAGGAAAUGAAGUCCAAGUGACUCUGGAAGCACUUAAAGAUGUUGGGUUUAAAGGAUUUAGUCUACAAGCUCGAGAAAUAGAUGGAGAUGUUCCUGUUGGUACCUUUAAAAUUACAGAUCCAAACACUAAAGGCAUGGAGUGUCAUAAUGUGACGAAUUCAGCAGUAAGUCAUGCCAAUUCAGAUGUGAAACAGAAAGUUACAACAACGUGGAUUGCUCCCCAUGAUGUUAAAGAUCUUCAAUUUGUUGCAACUGUUGUUCAAGAUCUAGAGAAAUUCUGGGUUGGAAUUCAAAGCAAAACUCUCACACCUACACAUUCUGAGUCAGUUAAUGGGACAGGAAAAAGUAAAAGGAAGGUUAUGAUAGCACUAGAAUGUAGGAAGCUUGGGGGGACUUACUCACCACAAGGCGGAUGUGUCAUGGUUGGACCUUCCGGUUCCUCUCAGAGCACCUAUUCAGGCAGUUCGAGUGCAGUAGUCUACACAAUAAGCAAGAAUGGAUGUGGCCCUGGGGGUGCUGCUGAUGCCUAUAGUCAACAAGCCUGUAGAGAUAGUGCAUCCUCCAGCAGUAUUUCCUAUGGCCUGUCUGUGCCUUCAAGCAGUUCAGAUUCCAGUAAGAAGGUAGUGGUCGUGGCCAACAGCAACCCUUUUCCACCUGUGCGUCACACCUACCCCCAGAGUUUGGGAAGUUCUGCUGCUAGGGUCGUUGUACAGAGUGGACAAAGACCACAAAGCAGCAGUACGUACGUUCUGACUCCCCAAAGCAGCCAAUACUCUGGCCAGGUCUCCCGGCCUCAAAGUGUUUCCUACAGCCUGACUCCCCAAAGCAGCCAAUACUCUGGCCAGGUCUCCCGGCCUCAAAGUGUUUCCUACAGCCUGACUCCCCAAAGCAGCCAAUACUCUGGCCAGGUCUCCCGGCCUCAAAGUGUUUCCUACAGCCUGACUCCCCAAAGCAGCCAAUACUCUGGCCAGGUCUCCCGGCCUCAAAGUGUUUCCUACAGCCUGACUCCCCAAAGCAGCCAAUACUCUGGCCAGGUCUCCCGGCCUCAAAGUGUUUCCUACAGCCUGACUCCCCAAAGCAGCCAAUACUCUGGCCAGGGCUACCGGCCUCAAAGUGUUUCCUACAGCCUGGGCUCCCGGCCUCAAAGUGUUUCAUACAGCCAGGGCUUCCGGCCUCAGAGUGUUUCCUACACCCUGACUCCCCAAAGCAGCCAAUACUCUGGCCAGGUCUCCCGGCCUCAAAGUGUUUCCUACAGCCUGGGGUCUCAGCCGCAAGGUAGCAGUUCUUAUGGCCUGGGUUCAUCUGGUUAUUCAGGUGGCAGCAAUGGUUGUGGACAAGGUGUCUCCUACGAUAGCAAUCCCUGCAACCAGGAUGGAUCACAGGGUGGUCAGGGUGGAUCAUAUUCCUUACAAACCUAUGAGGGUAGCCAACAGAGUGGAUCACCAUCCUCACAAAACAAUGGUGGCAACCAGGGUGGAUCCUACUCGCAAGGCUAUGCAGGUGGCCAAGGUGGAUCAGACACCUAUUAUGAUAAUCAGGAUUCACAAGGUUACACAGACGAUAAUGCUUGUGAUGAUAGUGACACCACCUAUAGCGCCAAUGUUCAGAGUUCUGGUUGUGCAAAGAAGAAAGUUCUUGUUGCCCGAGAUACAUCACAUGUUUUGAGCAAAAGAGCCUACGAUGCACAGAAUGAGUCUUCUGCUUCAAAUAGCAGCCACAGUAACCCCCAGGGUGGAUCAUUUAUUGCAACCCGUGGAUCAAGUCAGGGUGGUUGUGUUUGUCCUGAUGGCAGCAGUGGUCACAGACAGGACGGCCAAGGUUCUUCCUACAGCUCUUACUCCGAUAACCAGGGUGGUUCUUCCUUCUAUCAUGGUGGAUCUUAUGGACAGGACGGCCAAGGUUCUUCCUACAGCUCUUACUCUGAUAACCAGGGUGGUUCUUCCUUCUCUCCUGGUGGAUCUUAUGGACAGGGUGGGUCUUCUGCCUAUGACAGCAGCAGUGAAUCCUAUGGUCAGGGUGGAUCUUCCACAUACAGUGGUGCUGGAUCUUAUGGUCAGGAUUCAUCUUCCAUAGGAGGCAGUGACAGUGACAAUGGCUCCAGCUCACUAUCUGGCAGCCAGCAGAGUGAACGGGAUUUUUAUUCCCCAGGAGGCAGCCAGUCAGGUGGACAUGGCUCAUCCUCUCAAAGUGGUGGCUACUCCAGUGGACAGGACUUGUCCUCAUCUGGAAGCAGCCAGUAUGGUGGGCAGGGUUCAAGUUCUUCAGGAGGCAGCCAGUAUGGUGGACAGGGUGGAUGUGAUUGUUCUGGGGCAAGUUCUGGUGGAUCCCCUACCUUAGUCAGGAGUGAUACCUCUGCAAAUGGCUCAUCUUCUUCUGGAGGCAGCCAGUACAGCAGCCAAGAUUCAUAUUCCUCUGGAGCUAGCCAGUAUGGUGGACAGGGGCCAUCUUCUUAUGGAGGCAGCCAGUAUGGAGGACAGGGUCCGUCUUCCUACGGUGGCAGUCAGUAUGGAGGACAGGGGCAGGGUGCUUCGUCAGGAAGCAGCCAGUAUGGUGGACGGGGUUCUUCAGGAGGCAGCCAGUAUGGUGGACAGGGUGGAUGUGUGUGCCCCGGUGGAAGUACGGGCUCUUAUGCAGGAAACAGUUACCAUGGUAGACAGGGCUCAUCAUAUUCUGGAAACAGCCAGUACGGCGGACAGGGAUCCUCAGGAAGCAGCCAGUAUGGUGGGCAGGACUCAUAUUCUUCUGGAGGCAGACAAUAUAGUCAAGGAGGCUCACCUUCCUCAGGAGGCAGUCAUCAAGGAAAGCCAGGCUCCUCUACCUCAGGAAGCACUUAUUCUGGGAAACUGAAUUCUCCUUCCUCGGGCGGCAGUCAAGUGAGCUCUGCUGGGAAACACUCCACUCCCGGGUUCCUGCUGUUAUUCAGUGUUUUGAGUGCCUUUGCUCUCUCUGCUGCUACAUCAAAAUGGUCUAUAUGAACUUCUGAAGAGUUGUUUGGCAUCCUAGACAUGGAUUAUAUUCCGUAAUAUCAGAUUAAUUACUUGUUGUAAGAAAAACAAAAUACCCUUAAGUUGAAUUGGCAGAUGCUACUUGGCUGUUAUGUUCUAUGUGUAGCUAGUAUGUCAUGCCUCUCAUUAGUUUACUUUUCAUUUUAGUCAUUAGUAGAUACCAUUAGUUUUGUCAGUGUUUUAGGCAUCAUUUUAAGAGAGCAUAUUGUACCCUACCUAUAUGAUUUAUUUUUAUUUCCCACGGGGAAUGCAAUGAACAUGAAAUCUGAUUGAUGCUACAAACAAAUCCUUAAAAACUAUUUGGCUAUUGACAAGAGCGGAGGAGGUCAAACAAAUUGUUGUAUAUUGAAACCACCUGGGCAUCAUCACUUGAAAUAAGGCUAAGGUGAACAUCUGACAAGCAGUCCUCCAUGGGACAGAAGAAAAGAUGCUAGAAUAAUAUCAGAGUAUUGGGUUUAGCGUAGCCAUGGGACUAAAAUUUUGGGGA